UGUUGCUUUUCCUGUCUUGGUUUGAAAAGACAGGUGUCUGGUAGGGAAGAAGCCUCCUGUGAAAUGGGAAAUGCAAACCCCCUACCUCUGAAUUAUUAUGACUUUGAACCUUAAGAGGCUCUCAGGCAAAGUUACAGAAAUAGGAAUAAUAGUUCUUUACUAGGAAAAUUAAAAUACAAAUGCAAUAGUACAAAAAAAGCCCAAAAAACCACUGUCAGAGUCAGAACAUGCCCUGGUCCCUGUGGGUCAGGGUGGUGGCACAGCCCCAUCCCAUGGGGGCUCAGCCCUCCUGCAGUGCCAGCUGUGCUUCUGCUGGAGCAGGGAUCCUGCACAAGGCUGCAGUUUUCCUCUGCAGCUCCAGGGCUGCUGGAGAUGGGCCUGCUCUUCCUCUGGGAAUGCAGGGCAGGAGAAAGCUGCUCCUCUGGGAAUGCAGUGGGCAAAGGCUGCUGUGCUGUUCCAGGCUCAGAUUGUAUCCAGGUAGGAAUGCUUGGCUCCUGCCCUGGGCACAGCAUCUCCCCAUGGGAUGCUGGAAUUUGAUCAGCCCUGCAGGGACACUCAGUGGCCAUGGACAGCAGAGAUCUCCUGGAGGGAGGAUUGGCUGUGGGAGAGAUAAAGAAAACUGCCCAUGAACAGAAGAGAACUGCCCCAGCUCUGACAGAUGGCAAUAAAAUAUGCACCCAGCUAAACCUGAGACAUUUCCUCACCUGUUUUAUCUAAUACACUUAUCCCAAAGCCCACAACAGCAGCUGGCUAUGGCCUCUUUAGUGGUGCCACUUCCAGGAUUUCCCAAAUAAGCAUCAUUGUCCCAUGUACAGGUUUGCAGUGCUAGAAGGACUGGCCAGAGAAGAGAGGGUGCUGGACACCCAGCUUCUGGAUUUUAUUAACUGGAGGAGAAAUAGCAGCAGCCAGGAUGAGGGAGGGGAUCCCAGCCCUGCUGCUUGAGCAGGGCAGGCUCUAGGCAUGCCAGUAUUUCCUGCUUUCUUGACUUCCAGUCUGCUCUUCACAGCAAAUCGUGAUUUGCUCUCACAGAGAGGUGUAAAAUUAUCCCUCCCAACCUAGCUGGAUAAUAUUUGGGAUAACCUGGAGUGAUAAUCCCAAAGGACGGGGCUUGGAACAACCUGGUCUAGUGGAAGGUGUCCCUGCCCAUAGCAGAGAAGUAGAAUGAGGUGGGCUUUCAGGUCCUUUCCAACCCAAACCACUCUGUUGUUACUCCAUGCUGGGAAUGCUGUAGUCUCUCUGGAGGGACCAGAGGCCUUGCAGAGGGAUCUUCACAGAGGCACCACGGGGCAGGGCCAGUGGCACAGAAUUGCUGAGUGCAGUGCUGGGCUCUGCACCCAGGGUGGAGCAACGCUGAGCACGAGGCUGAGCUGGGAGAGGAGGGGCUGGGAGCAGCCCUCUGGAAGGGGCUGGGGGUGCAGGAGCCAUGGCAGGAAGGCAGGUGGCAUCCUGGGGCACCCUACACAGCCAGGGCAGUGGGUCAGGAGGGGGCAUGGCCUGGCUGUGCUCAGCACUGGGCACCUCACCCUGAGAUGGUGGGAAGGGGCUCGAGCCUGUCCAGGAGAGGAGAACCAGGCUGGGGCUGGGGCUGGAAGGACCUGGGAGCAGCCUGAGGGCUCUGGGUUUGUCUGCUGGGGAGAGGAGGCUGAGGGACAGCCUCAUCCCCCUCUGCAGCUUCCUGAGGAGGGGGCAUGGAGAGGGAAGGGCUGAUCUCAUGGGAAUGCUGCUCUCAAACAGGGCCAGGGAGGUUCAGGCUGGACAUGAGGAAGUGUUUCUUUAUAGAGCAUAUAAUCAAUUACUGCACCAGGCUUCCUGGAGAGGUGCUUGGUGCCCCAGACUGUCAGUGUUUAAGAGGCAUUUGAGCAGUGGUGUAACUUUAGGGCAGCCUGAACAAGUCAAAGCAGUUGGACCAGAUGAUUGUCAUAGGUCCCCUCCAGCUGAACUGUUCUAUUCUAACAUGAAGGGUUUUAUUGGUUUUAGGGUUUGGUUUUAUGUGCUACAGUCUGUUCUGUCAUUUAUGGUUUGUUGUACAAAACCACAUUGUCACCUUUCUGCUACAGAGGGCAGCGAGUCAUUCCUCUUCUGGCCUGCUUGGCAUUUGUUAGUCAUAUCCGUAUUUACUGACAUGUGUCACUCACAGCCUGGGCUCUCGUAUCCAAGUGAAGCAGGUGGUGAUGAGAAAGAGCCAGGGAAUUUUCCAAAGGUAAAUAGUGUCUCUAAGCUGAUAACCUUUUACAACAAAAGGAUGUUUUUUGUCAACAUGGGCAGAGCAGUGGAUGUCAGCAAAGCCAUUGAUACUCUUCCCCACAAUCUUCUCCAGGCUGGACGGGGAUUUGAGUAGCCUGGCCUAAUGGAAGGUGUCCCCAGCCCAUGGCAGGGGUUUGGAACAAGGUGAGCUUCCAACCUAAACCAUCCUGUGAUUCUGUGAUUCUCCUGGACUGCCUGGGUGAGCUGUGGGACAGGUAAUAAGCUGGCUCAGGCUGUGCUCAGAGGGAGCCCAUUAGUGGAUUUUCCUCAAGUGUACUGGUUUGGAAAGCCUUGCUAGAUGCCAUGAGAGAUGGGAAGGUGGUGUCUUAUGCAGUAGCCAUCUUCUCCACUACCUGCUUUUCAGUGAAAUAAAUGUUCCAUCCAGAGCCUUGUUCUUCAAAGAAAAACCAUCCUAAAGAGUGUUUUCUGCUGUUUUAAGGCAGAACACAACCUCUACAAGGCUGCACGCUGUCAGAUUGCACUAAGGAUGCUGGCUUGUGCUCAGCAAUGUGUUGCUUCUCAAUACAGUUCUAAGAUCACACCUCUCUCAGCUUGGCCUUGUGGAUGCUUUUGGCAGAAAUACCUCCAUAUGUUCCAUGGCCUGCCAGUACCUUAGUCCUGCUCUCCACUCUUGUCCAUUCAACCCUUUCUCUCCACUAUGGCACACUCCCCACCUCUCCCUUCAUCCUUCAGGACGAGUGAGAGGAGCUGAUUGUCCUCUUCUGGGGUGAAGCAAAGUGAACAAUGCCAUCAUUUGCAAAGAGGAAGGAUUUUGUCAUGGAAAUGGUGGUCAGGCAUUGGCAGGGGCUGCCCAGGGAGGUUUGGAGCCCCCAUCCCUGGAGGUGUUCAAGGAAUAACUGGACAUGGCACUCAGUGCUCUGGGCUGGUUACAAGGUGGAUAUUGGUCACCCAGUGGUCUUGGAGAUCUCUCCCAACCCAAAUGGUUCUGGAAUUCUGUGGCUCUGUGAAAAGAGAAGACAGCCUGUGCAACACAGUCAGCCUGUGCUGCUUGGGUGUGGGGUGAUGAACAGCUAUGGGAAGUCCAUGAUGUCGUUGGAAAAUAAAAAUGCAGGAUUUGCUUUCUGCCAGGAUAGGCUGAUGCAGCUAGUUCUGUCCGGAUCAGGCUGUUUAUAUUUUCUGCCCUUUUCCUACACCAUUCUUUCUUUUUUCCCCCUAAACUAAUGACCAUCACUGUGUAAAAUACAGACUUUCCACAUGAGAGGCUCCUUUUGGGAAGUGGAACUUUCCAUAAUUCUCUUUUUCAGCUGUGUACAGAGAGGAUUCUUGGGAGGGAGACACACAACCCUGUGCUGUGGCCAGGGAAGUUCUGGCAUAGCUCCAUUUAACCAUCUUCCUUACACUUGAAGAUCCUAAAGCUUGUAAGAUUUACUGUUUCACUAAACAAUAGAGCAGUUCCCUGGGGAGUACAAGGGAGGAGUUAGUGUAGGGUUGUUUUAUCUUUCCUAGACUUUACUUCUGUGUUCUCAGUGAUGCUUUCACAUAAUGGUGCACUGUUGUUUAUAGGAGGGAGAGACAGGGUGAGUACAUGUAUGUGUACUUUUGGAAAGAAUCAUUGUGACAGGAAUUUCUUGGCCAAAAUUCUAAUUUUUCUGAGACAGACUUAAAUACUAGGCUGCUGUGAAUGCUUCACACUUAAGAACCAGUGCUCUUCUGGCACAGUAGGGACUUGUCUCUCUCUAUUGUUUUUGCCUUUCUGUACAGGAUUAUGGCUGGGGUAGAGUUAAUUUUCUUGACAGUGGCUGGAUCUGUGUUUGGAUCAGCGAUGGAAGCACAGGAAUGUUGUAGCUGUUGCUCAGUGGUGCUUACACAACAUCAAGGUCUAUUCUGCUCCUCACCAGCGGGGAGCUGGGGUGUGCAAGGAGCUGGGGGAGACACAGCUGACCCUGACUGAGCACAGAAGUCUCUCACACAUGGGAGGAGGCCGUGCUCAGCAAUAAAAGCUGGGGAGGAGGGAGGAAGGGGGUGUUCCCAAGUCACCGUUACGCGUGAUGGAGCCCAGCUUUCCUGGGAUGGCUGAACACUGGCCUGCAGCAGGAGGCAGGGAAUUAAUUCCUUUUGAUUUGCUUGCUUGUGCAGGUUUUGCUUUGCCUGUUAAACUGUCCUUAUCACAACCCACAGGUUUUUGCAUUUCCACCUUCUGAUUCCCCCCAUCCUGCUGCAAGGGGCCAACUCCCCCAGGGCCAGACCCCCAAGAGGAAGCAGAGGCAGGAUGGAGUGAUGAAUCUCACCCCAAGUCACUCAAUCUGUGUCACCUGGCUGCCCUUCUCUGCCCCAGUCUCUGAGAAACCCGCCUCCACAUCAGGACAAGUAUUCGUGCUUGGCAUAAUUUUUUUUUUGGUGUAACCAAAGCUGACAAUUUGUGCACAACACCCCAGGAGAGAGCAAUGAAUCAAUUGUAAAAGUGUAAAAAAUGGGCUUUUGUGAUCCGUGGGCUCUACCAGCUCCUGAGCGAGAAAUGGCACAGCUGACGUGUGUAAUGUAACAGGAGAAAGAGGUCGCUGAAAUGUGCCCCCCCUGCCAGCAGCAGCUGGUGCUAUGCCAAGAGUAACCCUAGAAAUUCUCCAUAAAAGAGCACAUUGACUCAGGUUCUACCAAGAAACUCAAGGAAAGCAACCCUACACCUUGCUAAUCUCUGCAUCUUGGUAAGCGCUGGACUUGGGGCUGGUCUGGGGAAGCUGUGAUUUAAAAAGAAAUGCUGUGUGCGUGGGUGCUCUGGAAAUGCAGCAACGUAGGUGAGGAUCCUGGAGUGCUGAGGAUUUGGCUGUUGGUGGGGGGCCAACAGCAUACAAAGGUUAGAAGGGUGGCACUGUGUGAGGGGAGGGAAAGGGGACCACCAGGAGGUGUAUGGAACACGGCAUGGGUAUAAAAGAGCAAAGUAACAACUCAAUCCCCCCAGUCCAGGCUGGGAGACGUGGGUGCACUUUUAGUUGCCCAAAUGAGGAGAGCAUUGGCUUCAUCCCAGUAUGGGGAGCAGGGAGAUGACCCCACCUCCAGACCUGCAGGACAGAUUCCACUCUCCCAAUGCAAACAAUCAAACCCAGUUUGUGGAGUCCUGGUGUACAGCAGCCUCAGUGGAAUCUAAAAUCCUUGCAUAAUAUGAAUUGUAACAGUUGUUAAAAACACCAAAGAUAAAGGGGCAUAAAAUAAUGCCCCUUUAGGGGUAAGAUUUCUCCCUCCCAAGGCCUGGAUACAGCCAAGUCUGUUAAGCUCUUAACCUCCAGCUACAAUAAUUGCAUUUUUACCAAAAAUUUUGAAGUCGAAAUGUUUUAAGAGGAAUUUUCCAUAGGUGAACGCCAUUCCUGUUUUGCUGUUGUCCUUAAUUAGCUCUUGCCAAAUGUGUCCGGCAGGGAAUUCCUAUCCUUACCCACCGAGCAAGAAGCAGAUAAAAGGGACAGCAGGCACUGACCAUGGCCCCUGGCGAUGUGAUGUUGUGCAGGGUGACAAAGGUCCAGUGCCCUCCAGCAGCCCCUGUCCAGAUCCUGCUGUGAUCCAGGAGAGAAAGGGAUCCCCUCUAAGGAAUCCCAGUUCAACCUUUCCUUCCCAGCACAGCUGCUGCGAACGCCGUGUCCCGAGGCAGCUCUUCAUACCUGUGUUGAUGUCCUGGAUACAGCACUUUUCAUGGCUUAUUAAUUAACUCCCACCCACUUCUGGGAACACCUAGCCACUCCCUUCGUCCUCACCUAUCCCAGCCAUUUAUAGCAGUGAACGGAUGCUAGAAAUAGAGACUUGGCCACUGAGAGCCAGAGGAGACGAGCAGGCACUGGAGUCGGUUUGCAAAAGGAGACAUUUCCCAGCUCGCAGCAGCAUGAAAAGCCCUGGGUGCACUCCAAGGCAUGCCAGGUGUCUCAUCGUUUUCAGCUUCUGCCUGGGACUUUCCUGCCUCUCGGGAUUCUUCCAUAUGAAGAGUAAGAAUUACAGAAUCUCAAAGAGCCACGAGGAGCUGCUGAUCCCUCCCACGCCGUGCCAUGCCAAAACAAACGUCAUGUUCCUCAAAACCCACAAGACUGCCAGCAGCACUGUGCUCAACAUCAUGUUCAGGUUUGCAGAGAGGUACAACCUCACUGUGGCCCUCCCUGCUGACCAGCUCUUCCACCUGGGAUACCCAAGGACUUUCGUGGCCCACUUUGUGGAGGGCUUUGAAACCAUAGGCCAAAAUUACAACAUCAUGUGCAAUCACCUGCGGUUUAACCCCCUGGAGGUAAAAAAGGUGAUGGCAGCCAACACCUUCUACUUCUCCAUCCUGAGGAACCCCAUUCCUCUGCUGGAGUCUUCCUACAUCUACUACAAGGACUAUGUGCCUGCCUUCAGGAGCUCCAAGGACGUGAACGAGUUCCUGGAAUCACCCACAAAGUAUUACCACCCAGCAGAUUACAGGAAAAACAUCUACGCCAGGAAUAUCAUGUGGUUUGAUUUCGGCUAUGACAACAACGCAGAUGAUGACACAAACUACACCCAGGCUGUCCUGGAGGAGAUCGAGCAGAACUUCCACCUCAUCUUGAUAGCAGACUACUUUGAUGAGUCCAUGAUCCUCUUGAAGCACACUUUGUGCUGGGAUCUGGAUGAUGUGAUUUACUUCAAGCUCAAUUCCAGAAGCCAGGACACUGUCCAGACGUUGACUCCGGAAAGUGAGGAGCAGAUAAAAGCCUGGUGCUCGCUGGACUGGAAGCUCUACCUGCACUUCAACCAGAGCUUCUGGAGGAGAAUUGAGGAGACCAUAGGGCUGGAGGUGCUGGAAAAGGAGGUGGAUCACCUGCGGACCAGACAGAAGGAGCUCAUGGAGACUUGUCUGUCAGAGCAGGAGGCAGUGAGGAAGGAUCACAUCAGGAAUAAAGCUCUCCUGCCUUUCCAGUCAGGGGCUGCAAAUAUCCUGGGUUACAACAUCAAACAAGACUUGGACAACACGACUCUGAGAACCUGCCAGAAAAUGGUCAUACCAGAGCUCCAGUACACGUCCUACCUUUAUGCUGUCCAACACCCGCACAAGAAGAGGAAAGAUGUGGGAUUGCCAUUGCUGUGGACCAGUCUCCAGGAGAAGAUGCAGCUCCCAGGGUCCAACUAGAACAUGUGGCAACUGUGGCUUCCCACUACUUUGCAUCACCCCUUUUCUGACAUGAAACUGACCCACAGGACUCCUGUGCAUGAGGGGGAGGCCGUGGGGGCUUUGUUUAGGGACACCAAGUUGGUGGUUGGUCUCUUUUUGGGGACCUUGAGCCAAAGGCUUUGCAUUGUCCAGAUCCUGGGUGAUCUCACCUGCCUGCUCCUGGCUGGAGGGAGCCAGGCUGGCUGCAGCUGGCCAAGACAUUCCAGCCUCUUAAUCAUUAA